CUUUGUUGCUUUGGAGUAAGGUUUAUUCUUUUUCGAUUAAGAUCCUGAAACUUCAUUUUAUAAGGCGACCGAAGCGCCCCGAAGUGGUAUUCGGAUAAUUUCGCAAUGACGCCGUGUUGCACAUAGCGCGUAGGUAUAUUAUUGUGUGGCUCGCGCACGCUAGCUCUUCUCAGUUUCUCAAGAAAGAAAAGUACCCGGUGAAGUGAAGAAAAAUGGCUGAUUCGGAGCCUGAAAUUAGUAAGGAGGAACUUCAAAAACAAAUUGAAGAAAUCCUCGACCAUGCUAGUCUUGACAAGAUCUCGACCAAAAAGGUCAUACAACAGCUGGAGCAGAAGUUAGGAGUAGACUUAUCGAAGAAGAAGACAAUGAUCGACCAGAUGGUGAUGGACUAUGUCAAUGACAUGGAGUCGGAAGACGAGGGUUCAAUGGAUGAUGAAGAAGAAGCACCAGCACCACCACCUAAAGCGGUGAAGAAGACAAAGAAACAACGCAAUGAUGAUGACGAUGAUGAAGAAAAUGAUGAUAGCAAUGAUAGUGAUUGGGGGUCUGGUGGCAAGAAGAAGAAGGUUGAAGAAAAGAAAAAGAAAGCAGCUCCUAAAUCUAAGAAAGAAAAGGCUAAGAAGGGCGGCGGUGGAGUAACGAAACGUCGUAAGGGCAGCGGCUACACAAAAGCUUGCAAGCUAUCCCCAGCCCUCGCAGAACUUAUGGGCGAGAGCGAACUACCCAGACACGAGGUCGUCAAACGCGUAUGGGCGAUCAUCAAGGAGAAACAACUCUUCGACCCCAAGAACAGACAGUUUGCCAUCUGCGACAAAGCACUCUUCAAAGUCAUAGGUGAGGAGAGCUUUCACACGUUCAGCAUGAUGAAAUACUUAAAAAAUCAUUUCUUGGAUUAAACUUUGUAGUUGGUAAGACUGGAUGGAUCUAAGUCAGUAUUUGGUGAUGUCUUCGCAUUUUUGACAAUGUACGUCUCCCGUAUGUUGUUCUGAUAAUGUUCUUAAGGGGUUUUUCAAAAUAAGCUAAAAGCUACACAUUGAGGAUUCAGUCAAUUUUAUGGUAUUAGUAGAACUCCCAUUUUUAACCAAUCUGGUUCGUAGUUGGUUGAUUCAUUUCACACAAGGUUACAUAACUGUAACUCGCAAUAUAAUGUUUAUCUAAUAAUAAUACUUUUCGACAUCUGAAUGUUUCAAUAUAUUGAUAGAUUUGAGGCUCUCUUAAAGUGCUAGCUUUCUUUAAACGGUGAUCUUUUUCAAUAUCUGUAAGAUUACAUACCUAAAAGGUAAUAAAAACCACAAGUUUUCUUUUUUUAUAUUAUGUUAGUGCAGCUUUAAGUUUCAACAAUAAUUAGUAUUUUUAGACGUAUCUAUCCAUUUUAAGGUUGCCUGUCUUUUUAAUAAAUUAGAUUUGAUCUAAUAUUGAAUUUGUUGCAUUGUACAUUGCAUUUAUUUUUGUUAACUUAAAGCCAAUGGUACUUGUGUAUCCAAAUCUUCGUAAAAUAAAAUGAAUAAGACAAGUGAUGCUAGUUUUUGAAAUUAUACAAGAACUAGGCGAUAUUUUAUUUGAAAGGACUAAUUAAAUAUAUGAAAAUAAAUUAUUUAUUGAUCUUUGAUAUUUUACACGUGGAUUUGGAUGCAAAUAAAUAUUUCUUAAGGCAUGUGUGAGAAAUAUCGUCAUAGAUUUCAUUUUAAAAAUUAACCUUAUUCCGAAUAUUUAAGAUCCAUUUUUCAUUGUAAUUCUAAACAUUUUAAUAUCAUAGUUCAGAUUUUACUCAUAAGCAAUAAUAAUGAUUCAUUCAAUUUUAGACCUUAAAACUGUUUGCAUAAGUCUCAUAGAUGCAAUUUCGGUAACAGAAAAAAAACCUUAGGUUAAAAAACUUGCCACAAUUUUAAAGUAGAACUAUUUUAUCUGCAUUCGCCAUAAUAAACAUAUCGAUAUUAUUCUUACUUUUAGAUAGCUUUGCGACUGUAAUUGUAAUUUUAGAUGUUAAAAUAAAAUUCUUGAUAGUGAUACAAGUUUCGAUCUGCUUACCAAGCAUAUUCAAAUCAUGAUAAAAUAUACAAGUUUAAUUGUCCUACUUAAUCUGCUUGUCGACAGCUUUUACAUUUAGCGUAAGUUCUUAUACCUUGUAAAUAGUCAGGUUGAGGGAUUUUAUCGAUAAAUUGCAAAGCUAAAAAUCGAGAAUUGACACUGAAUUCGAUGACUGUUGUCCUGCGUAGAUAGUGAUCUUCAUAAUAUGGAGGUGUGGGUUAAUAUUUCAGUUUUGUAUGCCAGCAUUUUAUCGAUAAAAUAUCUCGUUAUGUUUAAUCGUAAGUUUGUGAAGCCUCGAGGCUCUUGAGGCGGGAUGUGUUGUGGGGCGUUGAUUGUAAGUCGAAUUAUUGCUAGACUGAGGUUGUACUUCUUCGAGAGGAACGAACGAAUACAAUAAAUAUUAUGAAAAUUA